AUAUUCAUUCUUGUAUCUUUUUUGAUUGAGUAUUAAUGAUAUAGCAUACGAUACAUUCGUGUAUGUUUUUUCAAAAAGAAAAGAACCCCUUUACUCUCAAGAAACUUCCCACCGACGACUCCUCUAUAUUCCUAUUUAAUAUAAAACAAAAAAACCAUAGUUUUCCUUUUCAAACACAUAUAUUUUGGCUCAUCCGUUUUAUCUGCUCGCUUUCAUUAGUACAUAUAUAAAAAUUAGGUUCAAUUUACACGCAUAAUAUGCUAUCUUUCAUCGGUCAGCACAAAUAUCUGGUAACUUUGUCGUAUAAAUUUGUAUAUGUGCUAAAUUAGGUUCAAUUUGUGCUCAUCGAUCGAUCUCUUGAUUGUAUUAUCUAUUAUCUUUUAUCGGUAUAAAUAUCUCAUACGUUUGAUCAUUGAAAUCAAAUUUGUAUUAGGUUCAAUUUGCAAGCAUCUCUUGGUUUGUUUUGUACGUUUGCUACCUUUCACGGAUACACAUAUAUAUAUCAGAUAACUCCAAGUAAUAUUGAUCCAUAUUAUAUCUCCAAGAAUCCAUAUUUCUUUACUAAACUUGGGUUGUUGAGAUGGGGAAUUGUGUGUUCAAGGGUUUUGGUUUUGGUGAAGUUGAUGAAGAAGAAGAAGAAGAAAACAAGAAGAUGAUGAUAAAAGUUGUGACUUGUAAUGGUGGGAUCAUGGAGUUACAUUCACCCAUCACAGCCCAUUGCAUCACUAAUGAAUUCCCAGGACAUGCCAUUUUUCAUAGCCAGGACAUGUUCUCUCCACCACUUUUUCCUAAUGAGGAACUACAUGCUGGUGAAUCCUACUAUCUACUUCCUCUACUAAACCAUCCUAUUAUUAAAUCCAAAAGAGGUCAUGAAAAAGAUGAAAAAAGGCAUGUUACUACUUGUGAUACUAGUAGACAACCAACACCUUAUAGGAUGUCAUUUGAUAAUCAAAGGAUGCUCAAGAGAUCAGAAGCUGAGGUUUAUCCUACCUACAGUAGUACAGGUGUGUGGAAAGUGAAAUUACUUAUUAGCCCUGAACAAUUGUCAGAUAUUUUGUCACAUGAGGCACGUACAGAGGCACUAAUAGAGAGUGUUAGGACAGUGGCCAAAUGUGGUUCUGGUGCUUCUUCUAUGGCUACUGCUCACUCGGACAAAUGGAGUUAUUCUAGCACUAAUAAUAAUAAUUGGAAGGCACACACUACUCCUAUCUGACUACUCUUCGUGUUUGAGUCAUCAUUAUUAAUAUAGGUUUUAAUUUUAAUAUAAAUAUCAAACAUCAAAUGAGAAAUAAAAAAAAUGUGAUUUUAUUUGCUAAUAAAGUUAUAAGUUCUUGUGUGAAUUUAGCGGUGAUUGAGAUAGGAAUUUGAUCGUAAUAUUAACGAAAGG